UCAUAGAAAAAUCCAAAAUAUGUGGGUGUUGAAGGUUGCCAAGUCUAAUUCUGAGUUUCGGUUAGUGGAUAAAAAUGCCAGGUAUUCACCUGUUCAGAUCCUCCUUUUCCAAAGCUCCUCCUCUCUACACGUCUACCUGCUGGAGGAACUGAAACUCAUACUGUCACUCUGCUGAUCCUCGCUCUCAUCACCUCACCUCUUCUAAUAGACCCUGAUAAAUACUCUUAUCUACCAACUCUGACCUGUUCAACCAUCUCUCUGAAGACAUCUGAAGACGCUGGAAUAAAAACUACAGGAUCUGACUGAGAACUCCCUGUUGUGUUCAGUACAGAAAUCUUUAAACUGAAAGAGACAAUCAGACAGAAGAAACCUUUAGAAGAAGAGACCAGCAGCUGAAGAUGGCAUCUAAAAGCUCUAAACCAGAUGAAGAUCUGUUGUGCUGUGUGUGCUGUGAAGUCUUCACUGAUCCGGUUAUCAUGUCGUGUUCUCACAGUGUGUGUAGAACCUGUCUGCAGCAGUUCUGGAGGAGUAAAGGGUCUAGAGAAUGUCCAGUUUGUAGAAGAAGAUCCUCUAAAGAGAAUCCGCCUCUUAACCGAGCUCUGAAGAACCUGUGUGAGGCUUUUCUGGAGAAACAGAGACAUUACAGAUCUUCAGCAGGGUCUGAGGAGGUCUGCAGUCAGAGAUCUUCAGCAGGGUCUGAGGGGGUCUGCAGUCUGCACAAUGAGAAACUCAAGCUCUUCUGUUUGGACGAUCAGCAGCCUGUGUGUGUGGUGUGUCAUCUAUCUAAAGAACAUAAAACACACGACUGCUGUCCAAUAGAUGAAGCUGUGACUGACUGUAAGACUAAACUCCAGACUGUUUUGGAGCCUCUACAGAAGAACCUGAAAGUCUUAGAGGAAGCUAAACGAGACUAUGAUCAAACAGCAGCCCGCAUUAAGACGCAGACCCAGCACACAGAGAGACAGAUAAAGCAGGAGUUUGAGAAGCUUCACCAGUUUCUAAGAGAUGAAGAAGCAGUGAGGAUAGCUGCACUGAAGGAGGAAGAGGAGCAGAAGAGUCAGAUGAUGAGGAGGAAGAUUGAGGAGAUGAAUGAAGAAAUAUCAUCUCUUUCAGACACAAUCAGAAACAUAGAGAAGGAGAUGAAAGCUGAGGACAUUCAGUUCUUACAGAACUUCAAGUCUACAGAGAAACAAGUUCAGCGUUCACCAAAGCAUCCAGAGAAGACAUCAGGAGCUCUGAUCAAUGUAGCCAAACACCUUUCCAACCUGAAGUUCAGAGUGUGGGAGAAGAUGCAGGAGAUUAUCCAGUACACUCCUGUUACUCUGGACCCCAACACUGCCCACCCACACCUCCACCUGUCUGAUGAUCUCACUGCUGUAGAAAAGAGAGACCAGAGAUCAUCAGUUCCUGAUAAUCCAGAGAGAUUUGAUAAGUUUGGGUGUGUUCUGGGUUCUGAGGGUUUUAAUUCAGGGACACACUGCUGGGACGUCCAGGUUGGAGACCGUGAUUCCUGGGAACUGGGUUUGAUCCCAGAAUCUGUAACAAGAAAGGGACGCUCUUUCUGGGAUUCAGUGUGGAGUCUGGAGUACAGUAAAAGCAGUGAUGAAUACUGGAUACUCUGCCCAGGACAGUCAGUUCUCUCCCUCACCCCUAAAGAGAAGCUGCAGAGGGUCAGAGUGCAGCUGGACUGGGACAGGGGGAAACUGACCUUCACUGAUCUUCUAACCAACACACACCUGCACACUAUAACACACACUUUCACUGAGAGACUUUUACCUCUUUUCUAUAAUGCGUCUGAUUAUCCUCUGAGGAUCUUACCAGUGAAGACGUCAGUAACAGUGGAACAGCACAGUUAAAGUUAACUCUGCUCACAAUCAACAUUUAUACAGGUAGUGAGUUUAUAAAUUAUGUUAAUCAC